AUGACAUUGUACUUGCCUGAAAAUGUAGCACCAGUAUCGGGUUCUGUUUACGAAUAUGAUCCCGACGUAUUUAAAAUGCAAAUAAAGGAAAUGGAUGGCAAUUUUGUUAUGUUUUAUGCGCCUUGGUGUCGACAUUGUACUGAAUUCGAACCUAUUUGGAUAGAGUUGGGCGAACUUAUUAACAAUAAAGACUCCAAAUUUGCAGUUGCCCAAGUGGAUUGUACAAGAUAUUCUAAGCUUUGUCAUGAUAAUGAUAUAACAGGAUAUCCCACACUUUUAUAUUUCCAUAAGAAUUCAUUUACUCCUAUAGAAUAUAAAGGAACCAGAGACCUUCCAUCACUUACUCUAUUUCUAAGCGAAGUUUUUUCUAUGAAGGAAGAACAUCCGGAAAAACCAGAUGGUGGAUUGUCAGAAGUGAAAAUAUACAGUGGAAUGGCACAUUUAAAUGAUUUCAAUGUAGAGAAGUUCGUAUCUAAUGGACAACAUUUUAUUAUGUUUUUUACUCCUUGGUGUAAGGCUUCACAAAAAUUGGCUCCUGUAUGGGCAGAACUUGCAGUCCAAUAUGCACACAAUCAAUAUAUACAAAUUGGGCAAGUAAACUGUAUGCUUAAUGAAAUGACAUGUAAAAACUUUGAUAUAAAGCAAUAUCCAUACCUAUUGUGGAUAGUCAAUGGACGUAUUAUGGGUGUUUCAAUAGAAAUGUACACAUUAGCAGAGCUUACAGAGUAUGUUGAGAAAAUGUUAUUAACGGAAAACCAUGAUCCUGAAAAAUUCAUGAAAAAAAAGAAAGCCCUUCCUGUUGCCAGAAUUACAGAAGAAACUUUUGAGACAUUCUUACAAAAGGACCUAGUAUUUGUCAACUAUUUUGCACCUUGGUGUGCUCACUGUAUGCAGUUAAGUCCCUUAUGGAUAAAAUUGGGUGAAAAAUUCCAAAAUGAAUCCAGAGUUUUGAUAGCAGAUGUUGAUUGUGUAAGAUCAAAAACAGUUUGUGAAAUGGAAAAGAUCAAUGGUUUGCCAACUCUUAUUCUAUAUAAGAAUAAAGAAAUAGUAAGUGUCGAAAAUGGAGGAAGACCUUUUGAGAGUCUUGUUACCUUAGUUACUGAUCAUCUACGAGAAAAAUCUGCAGAUACUUCUGAAAGUAGUGAAACAGACACCGGGUAUACAGAAAGAAAAACACAAGAUAAGCAGACAGACAACAAGGUCCCAGAAUUCACAAGUGCUGAAGAUGCACAAGAAGUGGAAAUUACAGGCAUGAAUCAAGAUUAUCAAUAUAAAAACUUAGAUGAGAAAGUUUAUGAAGGUAGUAAAGAUGAAGAAACAAAUGAAAAAGCCAAAGAAGAACUAUAA